AUGAAGGGCUAUGAGGAAGCGCAUUCUGAUGACUCAAAAGUCGCGCAACUUAUAGUCAACCAGAUUCUGGAUGGCGGAUGUAGUCAGUCUCCCAGUCAGGAGUUAGACCUCUGUCCCUAUAUUGAUGAGGUCAAAUCUGCUAGCGAGUCAGUUAUUGCCAGUCUUCCUGUUCUUCCUUCCCAGCCUGCCGCAACACAUUCUUGUACAGAUGCCAAACCGGAAAGUGAGCUUCUUAGUAAUUUUCGGUUGACACCUAGUGCUUGUGAUUACGAGGAUUGUCUCUUAAACGUCUACGAGCUGCCUUUGCUACCAUUAGUACCGCCAUCACCGUCGUCGCUCACGAAAAUAACCCCGAGAAGUAUUGAAUGCUCUCCUAAACUGUCGCCUAACUUUCAUCACCACCCCUCCAGCAACCCAUUACCAGCUUCUCUAUCGAAUGUGCUCACUCUUAGUAAGUUACUCUGGCAGUUAUGUUCUGGUGGAUCGAGUUUGUUUUGA